CGGUCGCCCGGCCUUUGUCUGGGAGCCGCCAUCUUGGGCUUGGUGUCAGCUGCCCGGGAAGCUCCUGCGCAGCUUUGGUGGCGCGGUGACGCGGUGGGUGCAGAGCGAUGGUAGGAGGGCGCCGGCGUCCCCAAGAAGUGGACAUGAUCCUUCUUAUCUCUGUGAGAGGAAGGCCACAGUAGGCACUGGAGGAUGAGAUAAAGGAGGAGAAUCAAGAUGCUCCAUUUGACAGUCAGGCCACUCUCUGAAGCUCAGCUGCCUCUUCAACCACCAGGCUCAGUCUCCUCUACUCUGGAGGUCUAGGUGGCUGUGCUGUAGACUCUGUUGCCCUGUGACGUGCUGGUGCGGGGAGUUCCAUAGGGAGGACACUCGAUGCCCUGGAAGCCAGAAAUGGGGUUGGUGUCAUUUGAGGAUAUAGCUGUGGAAUUCACCUGGCAGGAAUGGCAGGACCUGAAUGAAGGUCAGAGAACCCUCUACAGGGAUGUGAUGCUGGAGAACUACAACAACUUGUUGUUCUUGGGGCACUGCAAGACCAAACCUAAGUUGAUCUUCAAUUUGGAGCAAAGACUUGAGUCAUGGAUUGUAGGAGAAGCCUCAGAGCAGAGCAUCCCAGAAUUCCAGGAAAUGAAUACCCUGAGCAAGGUCUGUCCAGAAACCAAAGCAAGACAUGUGUGGCAAGUUGCACUCGACAGUGAUACAUCAAAGGAGUUGACUGGAAUAGGGAAGGCAUUCAAUGUGAGUGCACACCAUGUUUCAAAUCAGAAUAUAAAGAAUGAGAACCCACUAGGAAUGUGUCCUAGAAAGCUUAUUCUGUGGAAGAAUGCAUAUUUUCAUAGUGGUGCUGAUGAGCUAGAAGUUCAACCUGAUGAUCUUAAUGGAACUGUAAAAUCCGUCAGACAUCCAGAGCAUGUUAGUCUAUACAAGUCUCAAAGUUCACAAAGUUAUUUUCAAAGUCUUAUACCAGGGAGGUCCUUCAGCACAAAAGGAGUAUUACUGACUCAUAAGUUCAGUGAAUAUGCAAGAUCUUUAGGUGAUGCAGCAUUUAUUGGAAAGCAGAUGGCUCAGAUAAGGGGGAAAUCUUUUGAAUGUAAUAUAGCAGAGAUAAAGUGUGACAAGUCUGACCUUGAUGAAAAUGAGCAAAUACAUCCUGGAGAGAAACAUUACAAAUGUAAUGACUUUGAUAACCCUUUCAUUACUGAAUCAUACCUUCCAAAACAUAAAGGACAGCAUGCAGGAGAAAAACUCUUUGCCCAGGGGGAAUAUGAGUUUUCUCAGCAGUCAGAAGUGAGUCUCCAUCAGAAAAUCCACAGAGGGAAAAAGUCCUAUGAAUGUAAAGUAUGUGGAAAGUGCUUUCAUUGGAAGACGAGCUUCAACAGACAUCAUAGUACUCACACUGGUGAGAAGCCCUAUGAAUGUACGGAAUGUAGUAAAGCUUUUUGCCAAAAGUCACACCUCACUCAGCAUCAGAGAGUUCAUACAGGUGAGAGACCAUAUAUAUGUUUAGAAUGCAGGAAAGCUUUCUAUCGUAAGUCAGAGCUCACUGACCAUCAGAGAAUUCAUACAGGUGAGAAGCCUUAUGAAUGUAAGGAAUGUGGGAAAGCUUUUUGCCAAAAGCCCCAACUCACUCUACAUCAGAGAAUUCAUACAGGUGAGAAGCCCUAUGAGUGUACAGAAUGUGGGAAAGCCUUCUCCACCAAGUCCUAUUUAACUGUACAUCAGAGAACUCACACAGGUGAGAAACCUUAUGAAUGUACAGUAUGCAGGAAGUCAUUUAUCUGUAAGUCAAGUUUCAGUCAUCAUUGGAGAACUCAUACUGGUGAAAAGCCCUAUGAAUGCAAGCAAUGUAUGAAGACAUUCUACCGCAAGUCAGGCCUGACUCGACACCAGAGAACUCACACAGGUGACAAACCCUAUGAAUGUCAAUUAUGUGAGAAAGCUUUUUACUGCACUUCACACCUCACUGUACAUCAGAGAACUCAUACAGGUGAGAAACCCUAUGAAUGUAAGGAAUGUAGGAAAUCUUUCUAUGAUAAGUCAAACCUUAGACGGCAUCAGAAGAUUCACACUAUGGAGAAAGUCUGUGAAUGCAAACAAUGCAACAAAUCUUUACUGAGUAAUACUUCUCAACAUCAGACAGCGUACUAUGAAUAUGAAGAAUGCAAGAAAGCUUUGCACCAUAAAACAAACUUCACUUAGACAUCUAACACUUGUUACAGGUACAGGAACCUGUGAAUGUAAACAUUCAGGAACAGCAAGUCAGAUCUUACUGUACAUAGGAAUACCUACAUGAGAAAUUAAACCUUAUGAAUAAACAGUUAAGGAAAAUCUUGACUUAUGCUUUUUUAUCAAAGAACUCACAAUUCACUGACAUGUAAUUUAGCUAGGUACAUUAGUGAUUGUUUUAACCCAACAUAAGUCAGAUGUUUAUGGUGGAGGGUCAUUUGUUCUCAAGCAACAGAGGAUGACACCAUGACUUAUAAAAAAAGCAAAGCUUUCUUCUUGAAGUUCUCUUGACAUGCUAUCAGAAUUUGGUGUGAAACCUAUGAAGGUGAAGAAUUGCCCCAAACAGAACAGAGUUUAGAACUCAUUGCUUGUUGUCUCUAUACUUGGGAGGGCGAGGAAGGAAGAUCAGGAGUUAUAGUCUAAUCUUGGUUACAGAGUGAGUUGAAACCCAGCCUAUGUUACAUGAGACCUUAAAGCAACAACAAAACAACAACAAACCCCCAAGAAAUAAGUAAAAAUACAAACAUUUGAGAAUCUAAUGGUGUCAUAAACCCUAUACGUGACAAAGGACAAGAAUACAAUUGGGAGGAAAUGUUGUCAUACCUCCCUUCCAGUUGACUAUGCUAUAGGAGUUCUAGUCAUGUAGGUUUGGAAAAAAUGAGUGGAAUUAUGGGAAUCAUGUUACUGGGCAUCACUUCACUCAUAAAAGCAAGUCUACUUGAAUUUGAGCAGUUAGGAGGGCUCAGUGACAGAGUGCUUGGCCACUAUAAAUGUUACCCAUCUUUCAUACAGUUUACCUUUUAUCACCUUAUAUUUAUUUGUGUAGGCAUUCCAUAUCAUAUAUGUCAAGAUCAGAGGACAAACUCUCCAAAGUUAGUGGAUCCUUACUAGAAAACUCAGGUUGUCAGGCUUGGCAGCAAGGGUCUUUAUCCUCCCUCUGAACUAUCUCCUGCCCCUGUAUUUCAUACUCAAAAUUUCUGUAAAAUAAAAGCAGUUCUGGAGAUACUUCAGUCAGUUCAUAAAGGACAUUUCUUUGAUUAUUUUUAGUGAAAUCUUCCUAACUUUUCAACUUGUAGAAAAAGGUCUUGUUACAAACACCCCAACUCAUAUCAAAGUCCAGCUCUUCCUGCCUUGUGAGUACUUAGAUUACAUGUAUGUGCUACUGUGCUUAGCAUAAAAUUUUAAGGCUUAAAAAAAAUUAAGAAUGAAAACUUCUGGAGCUUUUUUUGGCUGCUGUCUGUGUGGUCUAAAUGCUUCAUCACCAUGUUAUAAAACAUUUGAACAAAUGAAAGAUUUGAUGGCUUGGUGAAAGGAUGCCAAAUCUGUCAAAAUCAAGAAAAAUGAGGGUAACCUGAAGUUCAAAGUAAACUGCAGCAGACAUGUAUACCUUGAUAAUUGUGUUCAGUUGUGUACAAGCAGGAUGGUCAUCUCCAGUCAGCGUAAAUUGACCUCCAACCUGGGGCACUUGUGGUUGACAUAAAUGAAAGCUUAUUAGUUGAUACUCAAAUCUAGUGAACAGGCUUGAACACACAUCUCAGAUAUUAGUAUGUCCUAUAUUAAUAUAUUUUGUUUUAGAAAUCUGAAUUGAAGGCACUCAGCAUAAGUAGAGAGAAUUUGUUACAUGUGUAACAGAUACAGUUGGAGACUACUUAAGAGGUAGGAUGCAUGCCUUUUGAUGUAUAUGGUUUUGAUUGCAAUUCAGACCUUCAUAGCAUUGAAGUGCUCUGGUUGUAUUAUUUAACCUGGUAUUAUUGUGGGCAACUAUCUGACAGAACCAAUUUAAGGGUGUGCAUAUUUACUUAGAUUCUAAUUUCAUGUAGUUAAUAGUUACUUGACCCUCAGACCAUGUAGAUCAUGGUUGGCAGAAGUGCUUUCUAACCUCUAGAUAGGAAAUAGCAAGGAAGUGGCUGAUUAUCAAGCUUAUUAUUUAAAGAUACCUAACUGUGACACUGUGACAUGUAUUAAAAGGAAAAAAAAAAAAAAGCCCCUUCCUGAAGUUUAUAUCAUCUCUAAAGUAUUGCCACAAUCUGAGAGCCAAAUAUGCAACACAGAAGUCUUUGGGCAACAUUUCAGAUUCAAAUCAGAAUGUACAGUUUUCAUAUUAAACAGCUACCCCAUUUAUAUUUUGUUAAAUAUAUCCUGUUCAUAUAAAGUUGUAUGAAUAUUUUUAUAAAACUAUUUAUUCAGACUGAAACUGAAGCACUAUCCACUGCUCUGAGAGGGCAGCCACUAAUGUAUUUACAAUAUUUAACCGACACAGAACCUGCUGUUGUAUCUUAUAUCGACAGUUCAUGUUGAAAUGCAGAAAUCUGGUACACAAUUGUUUAUAAUUGAUGUCUGAAUUAAAGCAUUUUUGGUCAACAA